GCACCUGUUCGUAUGUGAAAGCGCAACCUGCGAACUUUCUCCAUCGGCUUGAGCAUACCCUCCCGACUUCAGACCUCUAACACUCACAACAUAUCUACGACCCUGCGCGCACACCGUCCAAAGGCAUCAAAACCGCGAAGAGCAACAUACUGCGUUUAGCACCCAGAAACCUUGCGAGCUAGCGCUACAUCAGCGCAGCGUGGCACAGGCGAACGGCAGUGUCUCAGUGGCGGGAGCUUGAGACGGGUAUCAAGAAUAGUGGGUGCACAAGGUGUGUGCGCCUUCAGGCGCCAUCAGCAGCAUGAGCGAUCUGGACAAGGCCAUCGCGCAGCUGCGAGCAUGUCGGCCAAUCCCAGAGAUUCAAGUGCGCGAGCUGUGCUACAAAGCGCGGGAGCUGCUGAUAGAGGAGGGUAAUGUGGUAACGGUGGAUGCGCCGGUCACGAUAUGCGGCGACAUUCAUGGCCAGUUUCACGAUCUCAUGGAGCUCUUCCGUGUGGGUGGCGACGUGCCGGAUACGAAUUACCUCUUCAUGGGCGACUUUGUCGAUCGCGGCUUCUACUCGCUUGAGUCCUUUCUACUACUACUUUGCCUGAAGGUCCGAUAUCCGGAUCGGAUAACGCUGAUACGAGGGAACCACGAGUCACGGCAGAUCACGACAGUCUAUGGGUUUUACGACGAAUGUUUGCGGAAGUACGGCAGUGCUAACGUCUGGCGGUACUGCUGCGAAGUCUUCGAUUACCUGGCAUUGGGUGCGCUUGUAAUCGGUGCAGCGACCGAGCUGGAACCGACGGAUGCCCCUUUUGCAGAUCCUUCACACGCGACCACGGUCUCUGAGGGUGAUGAAGUUGAGGUGGAGCUGUUGAACUCUGCAGGCCAUAUUGUAACUCGCCAUGUUCGAGACAGAUACAUCGGCCAAAGCUCGCAGCUUUCGAACCCGCCAUCAUCACCUUCACAGACACGAGAACAAACACCGUCUCGAAAUGGCGCGCCAGGUACGGGAGCGACAGGGUCAAGUCAUGGCAGUUCAGGUAAUGGCGGUGGUGCCGUUCUUUGCGUUCACGGCGGUCUCAGUCCGCUCAUCGACAGCAUCGACAAGAUUCGCCUGCUUGACCGCAAGCAAGAGGUCCCACACGAAGGUGCCAUGUGCGAUCUUCUCUGGUCGGACCCUGACGAGAUCGAGGGUUGGGGUUUGUCACCACGAGGCGCCGGCUUCCUCUUCGGAGCCGACAUUGUGAAGUGCUUCAACCACAAAAACGACCUCAGCCUCAUCUGCCGUGCCCAUCAGCUCGUCAUGGAGGGUUUCAAGGAGAUGUUCCAGAACACCAUUGUGACUGUGUGGUCGGCACCGAACUACUGCUACCGAUGCGGCAACAUAGCUGCUAUACUGGAGCUGGGGGAGGAUGGUUCGAAUGCGGGUUAUGCUCCGCGCAGCAAUGGAGACGUGGAGAGAAGUCAUGGUGCAAGCAAUGGCGUGCUUACGGAGCGGAUGGACAAGCUCAAGGGGCCUGGCAGACGGUAUCGCGUGUUCGAGGCUGCGCCGCAGGACAGUCGUGGCAUGCCGGCGAAGAAGCCGGUGGCGGACUACUUUCUUUAGCAGGAGGACCAAUUGGAGUUCGCAGCAGUCCUUCGACCUUGAAGUUGUUGCUUUUUGUCGAAUGCGAAAUUUCGCUGCUCGCUCAGUACGGCCUCACCCUGCGCUUUGUUCUCUCACAGUAUACGAAUCAUGCUGGGUGAGCACGCCGUCAUACGCACAAUCCAUGAAGUCGCACAAAGUUCGCGACAAUCUUGAGAUAAUCCUGGGAAUAACCGCGCCAAACCACUUUGGGAUGCAUGUAUCCUUCCGCAGGAAGUCACGAUCGGCCUAGCCGAAACUUUGCGGAGCCACCUAACUCUUUCCCUGCCCCUGCUAACACCACGAUACACCAUACACCAUACA